UGUCACCAACUUCCCGAUUUCCCCCUGUCACUUGUUCCGAGCCCUAGGCUAACCAAAAGGAGAAACAGUUUACUCGCCCCCAGAGCCCGUCAUCCCAGACCCUGACCUCUGUGGAGAGAUGUGGUUAGUACCUUGAGGAAUUGCAAGCUCCAGAGAGAAAGCCUUAGACAACCAGGUUGGAUUGAGAGUGCAGACACCUAGGACGGGCUCGAUUUAACCCUAGGUCAGUUUCUCCAGAGGAAACAAAAGGAAUAAAGGCAAACCCCACUUCAAGAGACCACAACGCAAUGCCAGGACGAGGGAGUUGAAGUGACCUGUGUGAUUCUAAGUGGCUCAGGGAAGCCUUCCUGGAGGAGGCUGAGGCCCUACGGUGUGGCCACCACGGCAUAUCAAGCUAUUUCCAGGCUCCGGCCCAGCCCUCAAGCUGACCUAGCUGGAGUCCCCACUGGUUCCACAGGAUGAGGCUCCUCCGCAGACGCCACAUGCCCCUGCGCCUGGCCAUGGUGGGCAGCGCCUUUGUGCUCUUUCUCUUCAUCCUGCAGAGGGAUGUCAGCAGCAGGGAACAGGCCACAGAGAAACCAUGGCUGAAGUCCUUGGUGAGUCAGAAGGAUCACGUCCUGGACCUCAUGCUGGGGGCUGUGAACAACCUGAAGGACUCAAUACCCAAGCUCCAGAUCAGGGCUCCGGAGCCCCAGGAGACACUGGUCCCCACAAAGCAGCCCUGCCUCCCCGGGUUCUAUUCCCCAGCUGAGCUGAAGCCCUACUGGGAACGGCCACCGCAGGACCCCAACAGCCCUGGGGCAGACGGGAAAGCAUUUCAGAAGAACAAGUGGACUACCCUGGAGACCCAGGAAAAGGAAGAGGGCUAUAAGAAGCACUGCUUCAAUGCCUUUGCCAGUGACCGGAUCUCCCUGCAGAGGGCCCUGGGGCCAGACACCCGACCCCCUGAAUGUGUCGACCAGAAGUUUCGGCGCUGCCCCACACUGUCCACCACCAGCGUCAUCAUUGUGUUUCACAAUGAAGCCUGGUCCACGCUGCUGCGAACAGUGUACAGUGUCCUACAUACCACCCCCGCCAUCCUGCUGAAGGAAAUCAUACUGGUGGAUGAUGCCAGCACUGAGGAGUACUUAAAGGAGCAACUGGAGCAGUACGUGAAGCAGCUGCAGAUCGUGAGGGUGGUGCGGCAGGAGGAACGGAAGGGCUUGAUCACCGCCCGACUGCUGGGAGCCAGCGUGGCACAGGCAGAGGUGCUCACCUUCCUGGAUGCCCACUGUGAGUGCUUCCAUGGCUGGCUUGAGCCCCUCCUGGCUCGCAUCGCCGAGGACAAGACAGCGGUGGUGAGUCCGGACAUCGUCACCAUUGACCUUAACACUUUCGAGUUCUCCAAGCCCGUCCAGAGGGGCAGAGUCCAUAGCCGUGGCAACUUCGACUGGAGCCUGACCUUCGGCUGGGAGACGCUACCUCCACAUGAAAAGCAGAGGCGCAAGGAUGAGACCUACCCCAUCAAAUCCCCGACGUUUGCUGGUGGCCUCUUCUCCAUCUCCAAGUCCUACUUUGAACACAUCGGUACCUAUGAUAAUCAGAUGGAGAUCUGGGGAGGGGAGAACGUGGAAAUGUCCUUCCGGGUGUGGCAGUGUGGGGGCCAGCUGGAGAUCAUCCCCUGCUCUGUGGUGGGCCACGUGUUCCGUACCAAGAGCCCCCACACCUUUCCCAAGGGCAUCAAUGUCAUUGCUCGCAACCAGGUGCGCCUGGCUGAGGUCUGGAUGGAUGGCUACAAGGAGAUUUUCUACCGGAGAAAUAUGCAGGCAGCAAAGAUGGCCCAAGAGAAAUCCUUCGGUGACAUUUCGGAACGACUGCAGCUGAGGGAACAACUACACUGUCGUAAUUUUUCCUGGUUCCUGCACAACAUCUACCCAGAGAUGUUUGUUCCUGACCUGAAGCCCACCUUCUACGGAGCGAUAAAGAACCUCGGCAUUGAUCAAUGCCUGGACGUGGGCGAGAACAACCAUGGAGGGAAGCCCCUCAUCAUGUACACCUGCCAUAACCUGGGCGGCAACCAGUACUUUGAGUACACAACCCAGAGGGACCUUCGCCACAACAUCGCAAAGCAGCUGUGUCUACAUGCCAGUGCUGGCACUUUGGGCCUUAGGAGCUGUCACUUCACUGGCAAAAACAGCCAAGUCCCCAAGGACGAGGAAUGGGAAUUGACCCAGGACCAGCUCAUCAGGAACUCAGGAUCUGGUACCUGCCUGACGUCUGUGGACAAAAAGCCCGCCAUGGCCUCCUGCAAUCCCAGUGACCCCCACCAGCACUGGCUGUUCAUCUAGGCCUCGGAGCGUUCCCCAUGGGAGUUCCCACAUGCCUCUCAGGAAAUAGUAUCUUUUGGGAACCCAAUCAUCAGCUUCUCUGCAGGCCUUCAAGAUGGAUUUCAAAACCAAAUUUUGGAUAUCAAGGCAGGACCUACCUACUCCUUGCAACAACAUUGGGCCCAUUUUCUUUCCUCCACGUUGACGGAAGAGACUGUAAGAACACAUAAUACUUGGCCUAGAGCGUUCCUUCUGUCCUAGAAACAGACUUCCAAAACAGAGAAGGCAUUUGGGAUAGGGCCCAGGGCAGCAAUGCUGAAUUCAAAACAAGUACCUCUGCAGCCACGUCCUGAAGCCCUGGUCAUCAGAGCACCCACAGAAUCUAGUAAAAUCAUAUAUUCUCACAGGGAUGAGAGGCCGAAGAGAAUCCCCCUUGCUAGUAGUACCCAAAGUUUGUAGAGCCAUUUACAGUUUACAGAAAGCACCCUGACGGGAAUCCUUUAUCUUACUUCAUCUGCACAGGAAUCCUGUGAGAAAGAGCAGGAACCACCAGGUCAGAAAGCUGAGGCAGGGAGGAGUCAAGGAGCUUGUUGACAGUCCCACAGCUAGAGGAUGGCUGGAGCGAGCCAGGCUUGAUCUUGACCACUGAACCAGGGUGCCUUCCACCACACCACAAGAACACUAGACAGCUCGCCAUCAGCCUUCCUGUUCUCUCUUCCCUCCAUUCUGAUCAUUUCUGGCUGGCUGGUCUCCAUAAAGCCUAGAACAGGGGAGCGAGGGAGCCAUAAGGGAGAUCACAUCUGGGAAUCCUGGGAUGUUAGUGUUAGAAGAAAACUCAGGAGCCAGUGAUUCUCAGGUUUGUUUGUUUGUUUCUUGUUUUUCUUGUUUGUCUGGAAAUUAGAAGUGGAUGUGCAGGAGAACAAGCUGUGGGAUGACAGUCGAUUCUCAGGUUUUAAGUCCCAGAGCCCUUUUUCCGAUGCCCCAUACAUACUGUAAAUAAAGGGCAGAGCAGCCACAGGUGAAGUUGAGGGUGGGUGAGGGCAAUGCCCACCAGCCCCUGAUCUUCUAAAGUUCUGUAAACACAAUUUGAAAACUCGUAGUUUUAGUCCAACCUUAUCAUUUUCAUAUUAUGAAACCAAGGCCAAAUAAGUGAAGUAGUUGGCCCAAGGCCACACCGCAAGGCACUGGCAGCCCUGAGGCCAGGACCCAGAUAAGGAUAACAGCCCUGGGAAAUCUGAGGAAGCGGGGACAGUGUGUAGUCAGUCGAGCAUGACUGGCCUUGUCUGCUGUACUUGCAUGAGGUCCCCACGUGGAACAGAUCUGACAUGCAUGUCAGCUCCUUCCCAAGCAAACUGGACCCCACACAUAGGGCUGCUUUGCCUGAAUCAAGAGAGCCCAGCUGCUAGAAGAGGACUCACAUUCCUUGCAAGAGGACUUCUGACUUUCAGGUGCAGGCUGUCAUCUUGGGCAUCACCACGUGAGGGUGCCAUGGAACCACAGCUGCCUUUUUCCCAGCAAGUCAGUACUGCAGGAAAUCUAGGUCCCUGAGAGCCUGCAGAGGAAACAUUCUGGGGCAGCCCAGCCAAAGAAACAGAGUGGCCAGGAUGUGACCUGGAGUAGGGAAAGGGAAAAAUUCUUCCCCAGAAAGAGAAGAGAAUUGGACAUGAGAUCCCAGUGGAAAUAAAGGUUUUAUGGCAUUGGUAUAGGGAGUUUGUGUUGGGUUCUUCUUCUCCUGUAUUGUCCCUUAGCUGAUCCAUUUGGAGAAUCAGUUGAUUCAAGCUGUGAAGAACUAUACACAUCUGAAAAGUUGUCACAGUCACUGUCUCUUGUCCCCAAAUAUCCGUUGGCCCCCAAUCUAGCCAACGUACUGUGUGUCAAGCCCAUGUAGACAUGAGUUAUAAGAUAAGGCUCUUACCCUGUGGAACUCACACUCUAGCUGGGAAAACAGAGAUGCAAGCAAGUCAUGACAAGCCUGGACAUGUUCAGAGAUGUGCUAGGUGUGUUAGAACAAUUCCUUCCAUUUAGGGGAAUCAGGAAAGGCCUCACAAAGCUGGUGACAUUUGACCUUAGACCUCAAAAGAUGAGUCUUCAGAUGAGAAGGAUUCACUAUGCCGAGACCUCACAGGAGCAACAAUCUAGCAUGAGAAAAGUCACAGAGGGACAAAGUUACAAGUGGAUCUGGGAAACCAAAAAGACGUCAGGGUGAGAGAGUAGAGGAUAUAGAAGCUAAGAGAUCAGGGCCACAUUAUGACUUACAUAGGCACUUUGGCCUUCAUAAAAAAAAAAUAUUUAAAAUUAUCUUUUACCACUGCAUUGGUAUAAAGAUGAAUAUAAUCCAGGCUGAUGCUAUUCAUUUCAUUUCUUCUGAUUUUAAAAAGAAACUAAAACGUUUUUGGGGGCCCCUAAAAGUAUUCUGGACCCUAAGUACUGUGCCUACUGUGCCUACUGGGUAAGUCAGCCCUAUAGAACAAUGGGUUGGGGCCCAAUUGCGAAGGCUGUGAAUGCCAUGCUAAUAGGUAAGCUAUAUGGAGCCAUAGUCCCGAACUCUAAUCCUAGCCCUACUCCUGGCUGCAUUAAACAUCCAAUCAUUGAUCAGGCGUUGAUUAUUUGCCAUUUAUCCCAGUAUCCCUCAUGCAGCCUGUAGCAUCACCCAACAGCUUCCCAGCUCAGUCCUAUGAGCUAUGUCUAACCAACAUGCCCUGUCCUAUGAUCUAAUGGGUCGUCGGAAAAGUCAUGACACAUUUUUGCACCGAAAAACAUAGAAACAUACGUCAUAACUUUUCCAACGACCCAAUAUGUCUAACCAUGGUGCCCCGAUGUGGUUCCUCACCCCCUACCCCAAACAGCAUAGCCUCUCCCAGGGACUAAGAGUAACUCACAGGGAGUGAGAGAUGCAGUAGAAGAGAGAAAAGGUCACAUGCCAGGCCUCUAGAGUAGGCCCAGGUUUCAGGGUGAGGAAGGGACUAGGGAAGAGAGGUAGUCAAGAAGAGGGAGAGAGCGCUGAUGGGUGGUGGGAAGGCUCAAGAAACCAGCUUCCGGGCCUCUCUAGCCAAGGCUGGACUGGCCCUAACCUGACACCUGCACUCUUCCUUAAAGCUACCCCUCUGAGCAUUCUCAGAGCUAACCCAAAACCCUAAUGCUAGCCCUGUGCUACUAUCUCCUGGUUCCAGCAGACUUGCCUGAGCAUUGAAUGGCUGGGGAUCUAUUUCCCACUUACAGAGUAUUGGUGCCAUUGCCAAAAAUAGCUAAAAGUCCCGGAAUUUAUUCUUUAGUUAUUUUUAACCACAAAAGUAAUGCUGUAGUGAAGUCAAAUAAUACAGAAAAAUAUGAGUAAAAAGUGAAAUUUAUCCUCGCAAUGCCCCUAUACCUAUUGAUUCAUUCUCUAGAUGUAAUAACUUUACAGCUUGGUAUAAACCCUUCCAUACCAUUUUUCUAUGAAUCUACAAAUAUACACA